AGAUGUAUUUAUCCUUUGGUCCAGGAAGGCCGCCCUUGUAAAAAUAAAAUUGCCAGUCGCCUGCUCACGACCACCGCGGACAUCAAGAAAAAGAUUCUCGAAGAAACCUCCUCUGCAGAAAGAUCGGCCUUGCUCCGAGAAUUUAUCAGAAACUGUUGUUGCAAGAGAGACCACCGCGAGAAGGUCACUGACACUGUACUCGCCGAAGAACUACUUCAAAGAUGGAGAACAGAGCUAGAUGCCAUCAAAUCGCCUCCUACUAUCUCGGGCGCGAGGACUCCUCAGGCUCCACACGGAUAUGGGCUGAGAUCGAGGGGCGCAGUAGCCCAGCCAACGACAUCAUCGUUGGGGAGGGAGGGAGGCGCUUCCAUAGAUGAGUUUGAGCCCAUGAAGAGGAGGUCAGACCAGACACUGGUUGGCAUGAUUCUCCGCCCUCUCUCGUCUGCGGAUCUUGGAGAACGGAAUAUUGGGGAGCUUUAUGCGUACCAGAGGGCCUCGAGCCGGGGGGUCAUCAAAAUUGGAUGUUCUGUAGACACCAACGGCCGCAUGAGAGGCAUCAAGAGCAGAUGUAAGUACGAGCCGACCCUGUUGCACUGUGUCAGGAAUGUGCCAUACAUGGCGAGAGCGGAGACCUUCGUCCAUUACGAGCUCCUGCCGUAUUGGAGGAGAGAGUUGAAAUGCAAUCACGGCCUUGGCUGCAAUGUCCAACACCAAGAAUGGUUCCAGUGCUCCAUCGAACUUGCCACCCGGAGCAUGGACAAUUUUAGCAAAUGGUUGGUUGAAGCCGAGCCGUACGAUGGCUACGGCUUCCUCAAGUCAGAAUGGAAGAAAUUCAUUGAAGGGAUGGAGCGUGCAGGACGACAAGUCACAUCUCAGAGCCUGCUGGAU